UCUAAGCAAAGGACCAAUAUUUCGGAGGUAAACGAAAGGGAGAACUGAGAGUCCGGCCGGUUUUCAUGAAUCACAAAACAAACCCUACGCCUAGUCGAUGACAUUAGGGAUCAGUCCUCGUUAGCUUCUUCUCUAACCAAAUUUUUACCCGUUAGUGAGAAAAUGGCAAUGAAGCUUUUUCUUAUUCAAAAACGUUUUCUAGCAACGCAAUCUACUAGUAGCUCACUAUCCUCAUCAUCUUCGUCUUCGUCUUCAUUUACGGUGGAUUUUCUCGUCAACUCAUGUGGGCUUCCUUUAAAAUCUGCACUUUUAGCUUCCCGGAAGCUGAAGCUGGACAAAAAAAAUCUUCGAAAUCCUCCGUUUGUGCUACAAUUCUUGAAAUCUCACAACUUCGAAGAAACCCACAUCUCCAAAUUGAUUGAGAGGCGGCCUCAAGUCCUCCAGUCCAGAGUAGAAGGCAAUCUCGCUCCCAGAUUCAAGUUUCUGAUCGCAAAUGGCUUUGUGGGAACUAUACUGAGUAAGCGUGGCAGGAUGGUUUAUGCGAUGAAUGCUAUUAAGAAUUUGGGUCUGGAGCCAGAUAAGACGAUGUUUGUACGUGCUCUUAGCGUGAGGUUACAAAUGACUGAAACAACUUGGAAUAAGAAAAUUGAAGUGAUGAAGAGUUUGCAGUGGAGUGAAGAGGAGAUUCUGAGGGCUUUUAAGAGGUACCCACAAAUAUUAGCAUUCUCGGAGGAGAAAAUCAGGAGUGCAAUAGAUUUCUAUAUCAAUACUAUGGAGUUGGAAAGACAAAUUAUAAUUGCUAAUCCUAAUUUUAUUGGCUUCUCAAUUGAUAAAAGGAUUCGCCCAAGGUAUAAUGUUAUAAAUGUCUUAGAGUCGAAGGAACUGAUUAAAGGAGACAUGAAAAUUUCUACUCUGCUAGCUACGAGUGAGAAGAAGUUCUUUAUAAAUUAUGUCAGCAGGUUUGCGGAUGAAGUCCCUGGUCUAUUAGAGCUGUACAAGGGUACAGCCAUGAGAACAGAGAAAGACGCUUGAUGGCUAAGUUAGUUUGUGCUAUACAAAGUAUAACACAAUGGUUGUUAAUUGCUUCCCUUCUUCUGAAUUAGACCUAGUUUGUACUGUCAUUUUAUAUCGUUCAAUUAAUUCUUCGAAUACUGAGCUCAAUAUCCUAUCAUUUUUCAUGUUAGUUUCUUAUCA